GCCGCGGCGCGGACGCCGCGCAGCCACGGCGGCGGGCCCUCGGCGGGCGCCGGCUCAGCCCGCCCCCUUCUCCGCGCCCCGCCCCGCGUCUACGCCUGCCGGGCUGCUGUCAGCUCCCUCGGCGUGCCACCAAGCCGAGGUGCAUGCUGAGCCGCUGCGGCUGCCGGCUGCUGCACGUCCUAGGCCUUAGCUUCCCGCUCCUGACCCGCCGGCCGCUUUUCCUCUGUCCGCACCGCCUCAUGAGGCCGAAGGUCGUGUUCGUCCUCGGAGGUCCCGGCGCCGGCAAGGGGACCCAGUGCGCCCGCAUCGUCGAGAAAUAUGGCUAUACACACCUUUCUGCCGGAGAACUUCUUCGUGAUGAAAGGAAGAACCCCGAUUCACAGUAUGGCGAACUGAUUGAAAAGUACAUUAAAGAUGGAAAGAUCGUGCCAGUUGAGAUAACCAUCAGUUUGUUAAGGAGGGAAAUGGAUCAGACAAUGGCAGCCAAUGCUCAGAAGAAUAAAUUCUUGAUUGAUGGGUUUCCAAGAAAUCAAGACAACCUUCAAGGUUGGAACAAGACCAUGGAUGGGAAAGCUGAUGUAUCUUUCGUUUUGUUUUUUGACUGUAAUAAUGAGAUCUGUAUUGAACGAUGUCUUGAGAGGGGAAAGAGUAGUGGUAGGAGUGAUGACAACAGAGAGAGCUUGGAAAAGAGAAUUCAAACCUAUCUUCAGUCAACAAAGCCAAUUAUUGACUUAUAUGAAGAAAUGGGGAAAGUCAAGAAAAUAGAUGCUUCUAAAUCUGUUGAUGAAGUUUUUGAUGAAGUUGUGAAGAUUUUUGACAAAGAAGGCUAACUCUAUAUCUGAAAGCAUCCUCGAAAUCAUGCUUGAAUAUUGCUUUGAUAGCUGCUAUCACAAUCCCUUUUUAAGGCAAUUUUAAUCUUUCGUAAUUACAUCUCAAUUAACGGCUGGAAAGUAUGUAGUAAGACAAAUUAAAUUUUUUAUCGUCAAGGGUUUUUAUUUUGUUUUAUUUUAUUUUAUUUUGGUCACAGGAGUAGAUAGUGAAUUCAAGUCUAACUUCAUUGUAGCUGUGGUGCUCACAAAACAAAGACGACUAUUAGCUAGUUCUUUGUUUUGAUUCAACAAGAAUAUCCCUUUCAUAGUUUGUGCCUUCUGUGAGCAUAACUUUUUAGUAUGUGUGUAUAUCCCUUUAGUAAUUACAACGUGUUUGGAUUAGGGAUUCCCCACGUCUUCUUCCUCUUGCAGGUUUUAAAUUUCCAACCUGUUAAAGUGGAUUUGUGGACCAAAUUCCCAAGGACGACUUCUUGUGUAGUCAGUUCUCGCACAGUGUGUUUGAUAAACAGACUCACAAAGUGAAUUUCUAGAAAUGUUUUUAGUAUUUAUCAAAUGACUGACCAUUUGCUACAGAAAAGUAAGAAAACUUGCAGGCUUUGUUUUACUACAAGCUGUACAAAGCUGUGUGACAGGGCAUAGUCUUUGCUCCCAGGGAUUGGGAUGGAGGCACUGGGGGUUCAGAGCCUGGAGGAAUCGUCAGCUUUAUUCUGACGUAAACCUGAGGGUGAGGGGCAGAGAUCACAUCUGGUGAUCGGUGUUCCUUAUGCUCUGUUGUGUUGUGUUCUUAAUGAUUACACUGAUCUUAGCAAAAUUCCUAUCAGGGGAACCUUGAAAUGCAUGUACCUAUUAGAUUGAUGGUAAAAUGAUUCGGUUAGUGUUUUGGUAAUACUUCAAAGGUUUUUUUGUUUGUUUGUUUUCUAGACUAAGGAUAGGGUUAGUACAAAGCAGAAGAAAUCUAAUGGCUAAAUUUCCCAUUUGUAUUUUAUUUUUCUUGAAUUUUUUUUCAUAGUUGUUUAAGAUUUAAAAAUCACUGCACUUUGGUCAGAAAAAUAAUAAAUUUAUCUUAUAAAUGUUUAAUUCC